UAUUUUAUUCAACUUUCUUCUGAAAUUUGUUUUCUCACAGUGACAGUCACUGAUCUCACACACACAGCAUCUCCUGAAUCGGACACAAUUCACCGACACAAGCAAACUCUGCUGCAGCACAGAGAAGUAGUACUAGUAGUAGGAGAAGGAGAAGGCACGCACCUCAAGAUAUACCUACUGUUUAUUCCCUUGUCCUGCCACGUUGCUCCAAGAAGCAGCUCAGCUCGCCGUGCCCUGCAGCUCUACCGGCAGCAUCAUCAUCACCUGUAUCCCCGAAAGGCAGCUUCUUCCGGUUGUAGCUACCGAGCUACCAGUACCACCCACCCUGAGAGCCAAGAAAUGGCGGCCUGAUUGGGCCCCCCCGUGAGCUCCGAAUCCGCCGGCGGCCAACUGCCGGAUCUCCUCGCAGCCAGCGCGCCGCCGGGAGGGACGGAGAUUGGCGGCGGAGGAGGGGAGGUGUCCAGGCCAGGUCAGGUGGGAUCUCCGCUUGCUUCGCCGGCUUAGAAAUCGGCAUCUUUGUCUUGCAGAUGUGAGCUUGCAAGUGUGGGGUCUCCGCGUCUUUUUCCAGGUGGCAGGCAUGGAGGUGAGGCUGCUGCUUCUAGUGUUCAUAUGUCUGCAUGCUCUUCUUUGGGCGGCUUCGGCUCAGCAGCCAGAGGAGGCGACGGUCAUAGUUAAGGGAUCGACAAAAAUCGCUGAAACGAAUAAAAAUUAUAUAUGUGCUACAAUCGAUUGGUGGCCACCAGAGAAGUGUAACUAUAAUCAGUGUCCAUGGGGCCAAUCGUCAAUUCUAAACUUGGAUUUGGAUCAUCCCUUCCUGGCUCAAGCCAUUCAAGCAUUUGAUAAUUUGAGGAUUAGACUGGGAGGCUCUUUGCAAGACCGAGUUGUUUAUGAUGUGGGUACAAACAGUCCAUGCGCCCCGUUCACAAACAUGUCAAAUGGUUUAUUUGGUUUCUCAGAUGGUUGUCUAAGCAUGGAUAGGUGGGACAAACUGAAUGCUCUAUUCCAAAAAACAGGUGCAAUUAUCACAUUUGGUCUGAAUGCGCUCUAUGGGAGGUACAAUGUCCGUCGUUCUUUCUGGGCUAGCAAAUGGAACUCUACAAAUGCAUAUAAUUUUGUAAAAUACACAAUCUCAAAGGGAUAUCCAGUUGACUCAUGGGAAUAUGGUAAUGAACUGAGCGGGCAUGGAAUUGGGGCAAGAGUCGAUGCUACACUGUAUGGAAAAGAUGCAAUUGAACUUAAAUCCAUCUUUCAACAGUUGUACAAGGCACCACUCUCCCAGCCAUCCCUGUUAGCCCCUGGAGGAUUCUUUGAUCAGCAGUGGUACACUCAGCUACUUCAGACUUCUGGUCAUGGCGUUGUCAGUGCUUUGACGCAUCAUAUUUAUAAUCUUGGUGGAGGGAAUGAUGCCCACCUUAUAAGGAAGAUAUUAGAUCCAAAGUAUUUAGAUCGUUCAGAAGAUACUUAUAGGGAUAUGCAACUCACCCUUCAAAGGCAUGGAACAUGGGCUUCUGCCUGGGUCAGCGAAAGCGGAGGUGUAUUCAACAAUGGCGGUGAACUUGUGUCAAACACUUUCAUCAAUAGCAUCUGGUAUCUUGAUCAGCUUGGAAUGGCAUCUAAGUACAAUACAAAAAUAUUCUGCAGGCAGACUCUGAUUGGUGGCCACUAUGGUCUACUUGACACCCAAACUUUUUUGCCAAAUCCUGAUUACUAUAGUGCUCUACUAUGGCAUCGGCUUAUGGGCAGGGAAGUUCUUUCAGUUGAUAUCAAUGCGCCGCGUAAACUGCGUGCUUAUGCUCAUUGCAGGAAACAGCAGCAAGGAAUCACCCUCCUGUUGAUCAACCUGAGCAAUACCACCGGAUACAACGUCACCCUCCAGAAUGACAUCAAUGUCAGCCUUGACAAAACAGCCAGCCUUCAUAAGCACAAUUCUUUCUCACACAGCCUCAGAAGAGCGGUUUCAUGGCUGGGGCGCAAGCCGUCAAGCGACGUCGCGAGGAGGGAGGAGUACCACCUGACGGCCAAGGACGGCGACCUCCAGAGCAAGACGAUGCUGCUCAACGGCGCACCGCUGGAACUCUCGGACGACGGCGGCGUUCCGGCCAUGAGCCCUGCGCUCGUUGCUGUCAACUCGCCGGUGUACCUGGCACCGACAUCGAUCGCCUUUGUAGUUCUUCCAAUGUUUGAGGCCAAGGCCUGUUCUUGAGUGAUCAAUCUUGCCUUCUUGUUGAGUAUUACGCCCUUAGAAUGUUCCAUUUGUUCUUUUCUGGUUUAAAUAGCAAAACCCUUGGAAUGUAAGCCUUUAGAAUGUAAAAGAAUGGAGUGUUCCAUUUGUUCGUUUUCUGGUUUGAAUAACAAAGCCUUUAGAAUGUAAAAGAAUGUACCAAAACCCUUCGAAUACAAGAAGGAUCACAAGAAUUUACCUUAGAAUGCAUAGAACGAUUACAAGAAUUUAAACA